AUGUCGCCAAUCCGGCGCCCCCGGUGCCAGCACCAGGCCCCGAACCAGAAGCGCCUAGACACAAACCCACGCAGCUCUCGGACCCCCUUCUACUGCGUUGUUCCAUUGACCUGUCAUGUAUGGCAAGGGCCAUUAUAUCAAAACAAUAGUGGAACACAGAUUCCUGAUACUAAUGUGGUCUCUUUGGAAAAAACAGCUCAGUGGGGUUCUGGGGAUGAUCAGAGAACAGAAUCUUGGCAUUAUCUUCCUCAAGAAAUGGACUCUUCCCACACCUUGAAUACAACCCAGACCAGGUUUAAUGUAAGAGAAAAAGGGACUGAAGUGACAGACUUCCCCUCUCUGGAGGAAGGUAUAUUGACCCAAUCAGAAAAUCAAGUAAAGGAGUCGAACAGAGAUCUCUUAUGUUCUCCAUUGAUAGAUUUUUAUUUUCAGAAAUUGAAGACAAUGCAACAACCACCUAUUUUACAAUUAACUUUUGUCAAGGGAGUGGGAUUCAACCGUGGAGUUGUCUUAUCAGAGUUUUGUAGAGGAGCAAGAAUUAGGAGUUAA